GGUUUCUCUAAGCAAAUGCAGAAGCAGAGUGGCUGCAGUUAAGGAAUUACUGAUUCCUAUUUCUGCAGUGGAGUAGAAAGGAGGAGCUUGUUAGAAGCCCAAGAUGCCUGCAAAGUUGAACAAGAAUUUUUCUAAUGAAAACCCAGAUUUGGGGAGGCAAAUUGGGUGUGUGACUGGGAUCUUUCAGCUGUUCGACGUCCGCCGUUUCCUCUCAGGGAGGCACUCAAACUGCCUCAAGCAUAAGAAUCCUCCUUCAGGAAAAAAUGCUCUUCUGAACAGUGCAAGGAAUGAGUCAGAGCCAAGACCAUGUUCUUCAGAGAUUUCAGAUUCUGAAUUCAGAAUUACUGAACAGGAGAAAAAUCUAACCAACUACUUGUAUGAAAAUGGAAAGGCUUCGACAGAAUCGUCCAGAGCUUCUUGCUCCUCUUCUUCCAGCUCUUCCUUCUCUUCUCUAGAAUUUAACAAAUCUUCUCAAAAAGAUGCGUGCCCAUUCGACAGAGCAUUCUUUUCAGAUAUGUCCCGGAUGAACUCAUCGAUCUUCAUGCAACUUGAUGGUGAAUUUAAGUCCACAAACAGUCCACCAGUUGCUAGAAAGCUGAACAACCAUGCUUACAAACAUGAAGACUCUCCUAGGCCUUCACUGCCAGCAAAUCUCGACGAAGCAAUUAGAAUUGUGAUUGAACUCGAGAAAGCACCUUGGCGGUUUACCGACCUUGAGUCUAAGGAUGCCUCAUUUACCCAGGAGUUGCAGAGAACUCCGAGGUUCUCAUUGGAUGGGAGGGAGAACUCCAAGUCUUGUAACCAAGUCAGAGAGCUUCCAAGACUGUCACUGGAUAGCAGGCAAGGUCCUCAUCAAAAGAGCAUUUCUACCUUUGCUUCCAGAACAAGUUUACCUUUUGAGGACCUGGACAGAGCAAGCAGUAGAUCCUACUUGAAUAGAGCUUCCAAUCUGCUUCAGGAUCUUAGCAGCAAAAGGAGGCACCCUAGUGUCGUCGAAAAGCUCAUGGGCUUAGAAGACAUGGCUGAAUUAAGCUCGCCAGCUCAAACCGCAGUUACCAGACAAAAUCUUGUUACAAAAAAUGCUCAAAUUUCUCAAUCCAUUCAAAGAAGAGAUUCAAUCUUGACAAAGACAGCGCAAGGCAAUCGUCAAAGUGAGAGAUCACCGAAGGCGAGCAAACCGCUGACAAAAGCAAGUGAUACUCAUGAAUCCUUUCGGCCUCCGGUUGUAAUCAUGAAACCUGCGAAGACUAUCGACAUAGCAAACGCCUCAACUCACUCCAUGAUGCAACUGGAAGGCCUAUCAACUCUUCCUAAGGUGCAUAUACGGAGUACUGGAAGGGAAAAAAGUCAUGCUGGCAUCACAACUGACAGAAGGUCUACUGCAAGCAAUAAUUCACCCAGAUGUCAAUCAAACUCAACUUUGAGGCUGGGAGAAAACGUUGCAGUUUCACCGAGAGCUUCAGGCACUAGAAGCCCCAGACCAGACGAAGCAGAGAAGAAGAAGAAGAAGAGAGCCCAAGCAGAGAAGGUUACAAAGUGUCGCCUCGGUGACACAUCGCCAGCUUCAAACACAAGUGGUGGGUUGCCAUUACAAUCGACUGCUCCACGGCAGAGGAGGAAGCCAAGUGAGAAGAAAUUGCUUGAAGAAGUGUGCUCUGAGAUCGAGGAUUGGCUAGAACUCAUAUACAAGGAAAACAUUCUUCAUCCAUCUGAAGGAUGGGAAAAUUUUGGCUCUGAGAAAACGAAGGUGGCCUUGCAGGUCGAAAGUUUGCUGCUUCAGGAUUUGAUCGAUGAAGUUGUAGGUGAAAGUGGUGCGCAGGCCAAGACAAGCAAAUUUGCUUAGAUAGACAUUUGGGUCGUGCUUGGAUCAAUUAUUUCAACUUGUUUGUUAAUUCUUGACCUUCAAAUAAGGCCUAGUCGAUUGUGUUGUGUGUGUGUGUGUUUUUUCUUGUUUACAAUUGCAUAUCACAUAUGUUUCAUUCUUCAUGAGUUUCAAAAGGAAGAACGAUAUUUUAU